AUGGGCAUGCUGGGCAAACAAAAAUCUAGAAUCCAACGCCUUAUUUACAAAUGUCCGUAUAUCUAUUCGAUCGGACGGUACACGCGCUCCUCAUGCGGAGUCCGGGCCCCUACGACAAUAAUGAGUCCUCUCCACCAACUGGUUCCGAUGAACUGCACAGCUGUCGAAAUAUCUAUCGUCGAUAUUAGAUGCCUCCAAGGAAUUCGUUAG